CUCUAGUAAUUUCAUGCUUCGCGGCGCUUCCAGGAUGAAACCUUUCCAGUGUCUUAAGACAGCUUGAAUCUUUAAACAUUAUCACUCAUAUUCGCUUAUGGCAACUGUUAAAGCAUAUUUAUCGGGAUUGCUACUUCCUGGAGAAUUCGUUUCUUCUACUCCUGAGCCCUAAGAGAGAGCGCCUGCUUAGCGACACUGAAGUGACCCUUUGAACUCAUUUCAAUUUCAAUUGAUUCAGAACGAUGCAAGCCCCAUUCGUUGACAUUCCCACGGCCAUCACUUCGAAAGGCUAUGUCAGUGUAAUCGGGGUGGUGGUCGAUUUGUUGGGUGUAUUCCAGACAAAUGGCUCCUCCGUCUGCGUGACAUUUACUCUCAAAGACAGCGAUUUUAAGAAUGGACAUACGUGGGAUGGACUGAAGAUAAAAUACUUCAAUGAUGACCGGAAAUCACUACCACCAGCUCAAUUGGGCGAUGUAGUUGCUCUACGAAGCAUCCGAAUAAGACCAUUUAAUGGAAAGGCAAUGGGGGUUGCAUCUCAGGUGGAGCUGAUCCAAUGGGUUGUCUUUCGUCAAGGCCAAAAUCCAUUGUCAGGUCCCUUUCCUUUUGAGCCGUCAGUCGCAGAAAAGAGGCAUGCGGCUUCGUUUUUGAGCCAGAUAAAUGGCACCUCCUCCUUUCGGGCAGCUUCUUCAGAUCAGACGAACAAUUCUCUCGCUAUCCAAGCCCCGGUAUCUACGCAAAAGUCAUAUAACCGAAGGCGAUUUUCGCUCAUUAAAGACAUUGAGGGGGCUAUGUAUGUGGACCUCGUAGCCCAAGUGGUCAAAACAUUUUUCAAUGACAGUGAGAAGGCUGUCAUCUAUGUGACUGACUACACUACCAACGAGACUUUAUUUGACUAUGGCCAAGAUGAUGACCAUGGCCGUGAUGGUGACCCACAUAACUACUUGGGUACCGGCAAAAGGAAAUGGAAAGGGCCUGCUGGACGCAUGUCUCUUCAAGUAACUCUUUGGGAACCCCAUGCUUCUUAUGCCCGAGAAAAUCUCAAAUUGAAUGAUUUUGUUCUUCUGACCAACGUGAAGAUCAGAAAGAGCCGUGUUAGCGAGGGUAUCGAGGCCAGCCUCCAUGGUGAUCGGAUGUAUCCUAACAAAGUCUGUGUACGCACGGUGGAUGCUGAAAGCGAUGAUCGUGCCCGCGACUUAUUACGUCGAAAGAAAGACUAUUGGAAAGCCCACGGUGGUAAACAAAAUCUUCAAGAAGAAAUCGAAAAGAGCACGGGUUCUAAAAAGUCGAAGAAGAACAACAACAACAACAACAACAAUAACAACAACAAUAACACCCAACAACAGAACAAGAAGGAGACGAAAAAAGAAGAAGGCCAAAAAUCACUAACUCUUACCAGCAGAAUCAGGCCAAAUCAAAAUAUCCAAUCAGCCAAUCCCAGCAUUCCAACCCGGUCCCUCGCAGCCAUUUUAUCCAAUGAGUCUCACCAAAAUAUAUCCCCUGAUGGCAUCGAAUACCGCCUCCCGUUCCAGAAUCUCUGUUAUCGGCCCCUAGUCCGCGUGGUCGACUUCUUCCCGCAUAACCUAGAAGAUUUUGCUGUCCCCGAGGAUGCUGAAUGCGCCGCCCUCUCCAGCUCGGAAAGUGACGAGGCACCCGAUCUCAAUGACACCGAUCGAUUCUACCGAUGGGAGUGGCGUUUCAUACUUCUCAUCGAGGACGGUUCCCCCUCGCCCCCUGGGCAACCCAAAGAGCAAAUGAAGCUUUUCGUCUCUGGUGCUGAUGCUGUGCAUCUGUUGGGAAUAGAUGCCAAAAACCUACGAAAGAAUAAGUCCACAUUAGACAUACUCCGAGAAAAGCUCUUCUAUCUCUGGGGUAAUCUCGAAGAGGAGAAGCAAAAAGCCGCUGCUGAAGGUAAUCUCAACCCCCAAAUUCUGAAGACGGUGUCGUCUGUCCCAUUCACCUGUUGUAUAAAGGAGUAUGGGGUGAAGUGUACACAUGGGCCAGACAAAGCGGCUAUUGAAGAUGGCCUUGGUUGUAGCCAGGAGGGCUGUUUCGGUUGGGAGCGACGAUUUGCGAUGUUUCAAACUGUCAUCCAUGGAUGAGAGGAUUCUCAAGCAACACGUUUAUGAUUCUUUAUCACUUUCUUCUGUUUUUUCCCGCAGCCUCCAUUGGAUUGAAAUAGGCUUAUAAAUUAUGCAUGUUUUUAGGAUACCAUUAAGCUCUGGGAUUACCACUGCGUGCACAUUGAAUGAAAUGAAUAAAAAUCGAAUCAAUUGGUUUUGAUUGCUAGUUGAUUGCAGUUUGUGCAACAUCAUUAUGUAGAUACAAGACGCUUCUCCCUUUUCAAAGGCAACUUUAUGACUAUAGAUACGUAGCAUAUUUCCAAUCUGAAAUCAAGGCUAUGGAACACGCUGCAGACCUAAUUAGGCCCAGGGAAUAUUGUUCACCACGCCAGGGAUGCUGUGUACAACGCAAAAGUGACCUAAGUGACACCGAGAAAGAAAAAAAAAAAGGAAAGAAAAAAACCCCAACCAUUUUUUGACCCCGUGACCCCUAUCCCACGC